AGUAGAAGUUAUUUUUUAGUCUAGGAUUAACCUCAAGCCUUGUCUGUGAAACCAGGGGCAAAAGUCACAAACACACUGCAGGACAAACAUCGCGAUUUAAUGUCGGACAACGCGCCACUUCAUUAAAACACAACAUGUUUAAAUAAUAUGACCAAUCACCCGUGUGUUAGACUGAAGCUGGACGGGUGUCGUGGAGGGGGGCGGCUGGUGGUGACGCAGAAAAAACACCCGAAAAAAGAUCUCGGAUAUAGUGUAUAGUCCCGUAUCAACCGUGGACAGUAAUAACACGCAGCGGAUGCGCGAGCUGUGGGUAAUGCGAUGAUCUCUACGGUCCAGUGAGAGCUCCAGGUGCCUCGUAUCUGCCCCGCCGCCCUGCAAGCAGUAACUUUCCGCUUGGCCCCCGCCACCUAAACGGACGAGAUCACAAAGAUUUGCUCCGUCCCAAGCAUGACGGCCACCACCCGUGGGUCCCCCGUGGGGGGCAAUGAGAGCCAGGGGCAGAGCCAAACGCCGGACAGCCAGAACCAAACCCUAUUAACCCAGAACCAGACUCCUUCGACAAACUCCUCUAAUGAGACGUCACCUGUCAGUGCACCUGAGGAACAGGGUCAGGGUGAUGCCCCGCCCACACAGGAAGAGGUGGAGCCUGCCUUUCCCCACACAGACCUGGCCAAGCUAGACGACAUGAUCAACCGGCCGCGCUGGGUGGUUCCGGUUCUGCCAAAAGGAGAGCUGGAGGUUCUGCUUGAAGCUGCUAUAGAUCUCAGUAAAAAAGGGCUUGAUGUGAGAUGUGAGGCAUGUCAGAGGUUCUUCCGUGACGGCCUGACGAUCUCCUUCACAAAAAUCCUGACAGAUGAGGCUGUGAGCGGCUGGAAGUUUGAGAUUCACAGGUGCAUCAUUAACAACACUCACCGGCUCAUCGAGCUCUGCGUGGUCAAACUGGCUCAGGAUUGGUUUCCUCUGCUUGAACUGCUCGCCAUUGCAACAAACCCGCACUGCAAAUUCCACAUCUAUAACGGCACGCGUCCGUCUGAGAGCGUCCCUGCCGGCACCCAGCUUGCAGAUGAUGAGCUGUUCGCCCGCUCGCCUGACCCUCGAUCGCCUAAGGGUUGGCUGGUGGACCUCAUUAAUAAAUUUGGAACAUUGAACGGGUUUGAGAUUUUACACAAUCGCUUCAUGAGCAGCCAGGCUCUCAACGUGCAGAUAAUCGCAGCUCUUAUCAAACCUUUUGGGCAGUGUUAUGAGUUUUUGACUUUACAUACGGUGAAGAAGUUUUUCUUGCCUAUAAUCGAGAUGGUGCCGCAGUUUCUGGAGAACCUCACAGAUGAGGAGCUGAAGAAAGAGGCAAAAAACGAAGCUAAAAAUGAUGCAUUAUCCAUGAUUAUAAAGUCACUGAAGAAUCUGGCAUCCAGAGUUCCUGGUCAAGAGGAAACGGUCAAAAACUUGGAAAUAUUUAGGUUAAAAAUGAUCCUGAGGUUAUUGCAAAUCUCCUCGUUUAAUGGGAAAAUGAAUGCGCUAAACGAGGUAAACAAAGUAAUCUCCAGCGUAUCUUAUUACACACAUCGACAUGGCAAUCCUGAAGAAGAAGAAUGGCUGACUGCGGAGCGUAUGGCUGAGUGGAUUCAGCAGAACAACAUUCUGUCCAUUGUCCUGAGAGACAGUCUUCAUCAGCCACAAUACGUGGAGAAGCUGGAGAAGAUCCUGCGCUUUGUUAUCAAAGAGAAAGCUCUCACCCUGCAGGACCUGGACAACAUCUGGGCGGCACAGGCUGGUAAACAUGAAGCGAUUGUAAAGAAUGUUCACGAUCUUUUGGCCAAACUAGCGUGGGAUUUCUCUCCUGAGCAACUUGACCGCCUGUUCGACUGCUUCAAGGCGAGUUGGACCAACGCGAGUAAAAAGCAGCGGGAAAAGCUUCUAGAGUUGAUCCGCAGGCUGGCCGAGGACGAUAAGGACGGGGUGAUGGCUCACAAAGUGCUCAACCUACUGUGGAAUCUGGCGCACAGCGAUGACGUCCCUGUGGACAUCAUGGAUCAGGCUUUGAGCGCUCACAUUAAGAUCCUGGAUUACAGCUGCUCUCAGGACCGCGACACGCAAAAGAUGCAGUGGAUCGAUCGUUUUAUCGAGGAGCUUCGGACGAAUGACAAGUGGGUGAUUCCAGCGCUGAAGCAGAUCAGAGAAAUCUGUAGUCUGUUUGGAGAAGCUCCUCAGAAUCUCAGUCAGACGCAGAGAAGUCCUCACGUCUUUUAUCGUCAUGACCUGAUCAACCAGCUCCAGCACAAUCACGCUCUGGUCACGCUAGUGGCUGAGAAUCUGUCUGCGUACAUGGAGAACAUGAGACACUUCUCUAAAGAUCAUCCAGGCUUUGACCCUCAGACGGUUCGAGUGGGCAGCAGGUACAGCCACGUACAGGAAGUUCAAGAGAGACUCAAUUUCUUGAGGUUUCUGCUGAAGGACGGGCAGCUUUGGCUUUGUGCUCCUCAAGCUAAACAGAUCUGGAAGUGUCUGGCGGAGAACGCAGUGUUUCUGUGCGAUCGAGAGGCCUGCUUUAAAUGGUACUCCAAACUCAUGGGCGAUGAGCCGGACCUGGACCCGGAUAUCAACAAGGACUUCUUUGAGAACAAUGUGCUGCAGCUGGACCCCACGUUGCUCACGGAGAACGGCAUCAAAUGCUUUGAGCGCUUCUUUAAAGCAGUGAACUGCAGAGAGGGGAAGCUGGUGGCCAAACGGCGGGCGUACAUGAUGGAUGACCUGGAGCUGAUCGGCCUGGAUUACCUCUGGAGGGUUGUGAUUCAAGGAAGUGAUGACAUCGCCGUGCGUGCAAUAGACCUGCUGAAAGAGAUCUACACUAACCUGGGACCAAAACUACUAGUCAAUCAGGUAGAGAUCCACGAGGACUUCAUUCAGUCGUGUUUCGAUCGGCUCAAGGCCUCGUACGACACUCUCUGCGUUCUGGACGGCGAUCACGACUGUGCCAGACAGGAGGUCACGCGUGUGGUGCGAGUUCUCACUGUGCUCAAAGAAUACAUCAACGAAUGUGACAGUGACUAUCACGAGGAACGAACCAUCCUGCCCAUGUCCAGGGCGUUUCGUGGAAAACACAUCACCCUAGUGGUGCGCUUUCCCAAUCAGGGCCGACAGGUGGAUGAUCUGGACAUCUGGUCCCACACCAAUGACACCGUCGGCUCCGUGCGCAGAUGCAUUCUCUCUCGCAUCAAAGCCAACAGCACGCACACCAAAGCCGAGCUGUUUAUUGGAGGAGAGGUCGUGGAUCCCGCCGACGACCGGAGGCUCAUCGGACACCUGAAUCUUAAAGACAAAACUCUCAUCACUGCGAAACUCACCCAGGUCAGCACCAACAUGCCCUCAAGCCCCGACAGCUCAUCUGACUCGUCCACGGGCUCACCUGGAAACCAUGGCAACCACUACAGCGAUGGACCAAAUCCAGAAGUUGAGAGCUGCUUGCCAGGAGUGAUCAUGUCCCUGCACCUGCGCUACAUCUCCUUCCUGUGGCAAAUCGCUGACCUGGGCUGCACUUUAAACAUGCCACUGUUGCGGGAUGGUGCCCGAGUCCUUAUGAAUCUCAUGCCUCCAGAUAACACUACGGUGGAGAAUCUUCGAGCGAUAUGUUUGGAUCACGCUAAGCUAGGAGAGAACAGUCUUAGUCCCACACUUGACUCGCUCUUCUUCGGCCCUUCACCUUCACAAGUGUUGUAUCUCACAGAGGUUGUUUAUGCCCUGCUGAUGCCAGCCAGUGGAACACUGGGAGAUGAUGCCAGUGACUUCCAGUACAACUUCCUGAAAAGUGGCGGCUUGCCUCUCGUCCUGGGCAUGCUCACUAGAAAUAACUUCCUUCCCAACGCAGACGUGGAGACGAGGCGCGGCGCCUACCUGAACGCCCUGAAAAUCGCCAAACUUCUGCUUACUGCUAUUGGAUUUGGGCACGUGAAAGCUGUGGCAGAGGCCUGCCAACCUGUGGUGGAGGGCACCAACCCAGCGUCACCGAUAAAUCAGGCAACCCAUGAUCAGGCUCUGGUGCUACAGAACGCUCUCCAGAGCAUUCCCAACCCCGCCUCUGAAUGCAUGCUGCGCAAUGUGGCCAUCCGAUUGGCCCAGCAGAUCUCAGAUGAGAACUUUUUUCAAGCCUCAAAGUACAUCCCAGAUAUCUGUGUGAUUCGAGCCGUGCAGAAGAUCGUUUGGGCUUCAGGCAGUGGAACGCUCCACCUGGUCUUCAGCUCAAAUGAAGAGAUUAGCAAGAUCUACGUGAAGACUGCUGCAGGAAAUGAGCCGGUCGCAGAAGACGAGCAGGUGUGCUGCGAAGCGCUAGAGGUCAUGACCUUGUGUUUUGCUUUGCUUCCUACGGCCCUUGAUGCACUGAGCAAAGAGAAAGCCUGGCAGACCUUCAUCAUCGACUUGCUGCUGCACUGCCAGAGCAAAGUUGUGCGUCAGAUGUCACACGAGCAGUUCUUCCUCAUGGCCACCAGGUGUUGUAUGGGACACAGACCUCUUCUGUUCUUCAUCACCCUCCUCUUCACUGUUCUGGGAAGUACGGCUAAAGAAAGAGCCAAGCACGCUGGUGAUUAUUUCACCCUCUUGCGGCAUUUACUCAACUAUGCGUACAACAGCAACAUAAACCUCCCUAAUGCCGAGGUGCUCCUCAACAACGAGAUCGAGUGGCUCAAGAGAAUCAGGGAUGAGGUGAGGAGGACGAGUGAGACGGGUGUUGAAGAGACUAUUCUAGAGGGUCACCUGGGUGUCACCAAAGAGCUGCUGGCCUUCCAGACCCCCGAGAAGAAAUUCUACAUCGGCUGUGAGAAGGCCGGUGCUAAUCUCAUAAAAGAGCUGAUUGAUGAUUUCAUCUUCCCGGCGUCUAACGUUUACCUGCAGUAUGUGAAGAGCGGUGAGUUUCCGGUGGAGCAGGUCAUCCCGGUGUGCAGCAGUCCUGCGUCCAUAAACGCCGGCUUUGAGCUGCUGGUCGCUCUUGCCGUUGGUUGCGUGCGGAACUUAAAUCAGAUUGUUGACACGCUCAUGGAUUUGUACUAUCUAGGUUGUGAGGUGUUAACCGAGUGGGAGUAUUUACCUCCGGUUGGGCCACGGCCGACCAAAGGCUUUGUGGGUCUGAAGAACGCAGGAGCCACGUGCUACAUGAAUUCUGUCAUACAGCAGCUUUACAUGAUCCCACCCAUCCGAGACGGCAUCCUGGCCAUCGAAGGCACAGGCAGUGACGUUGAUGAUGACAUGUCUGGAGAUGAAAAGCAGGACAAUGAGAUUAACGUGGACCCCAGGGACGAUGUCUUCAGUUAUCAUCACCAGUUUGAUGACAAGCCCGCUCUUAACAAGGCAGAGGACCGUAAAGAGUACAACAUCGCAGUGCUGCGUCACCUGCAGGUCAUUUUUGGCCACCUUGCAGCGUCUCGUCUUCAGUACUAUGUGCCCAGAGGCUUCUGGAAACGGUUCAGGUUAUGGGGAGAACCGGUCAAUCUUCGAGAACAACAUGAUGCAUUGGAGUUCUUUAAUUCUCUGGUGGAUACGCUGGAUGAGGCGUUGAAAGCCCUCGGGCGUCCCACCAUGCUGAGCAGGAUCUUGGGUGGCUCAUUUGCAGACCAGAAGAUCUGUCAGGGCUGUCCUCACAGGUAUGAGUGUGAGGAAUCCUUCACAACACUGAACGUUGACAUCAGGAACCAUCAGAACCUCCUGGACUCUUUAGAACAGUACGUCAAAGGGGAUUUGCUCGAAGGAGACAAUGCUUACCACUGCGAGAAGUGUAACAAAAAGGUCGACACAGUGAAACGUCUCCUCAUUAAGAAACUCCCACCGGUCUUGGCCAUUCAGUUAAAGCGCUUCGAUUACGAUUGGGAGCGCGAGUGUGCAAUCAAAUUCAACGAUUACUUUGAGUUCCCUCGUGAGCUGGACAUGGAGCCCUAUACGGUGGCAGGCGUGGCGAAGCUGGAGGGUGACGAGGUCCUGCCGGAGAGCCAGGACGCCCCGGCGGAGUCCGAGCCAGGCAGCGGUUCCCGUUACAGGCUGGUGGGUGUGCUCGUGCACUCGGGACAAGCCAGCGGCGGACAUUAUUACUCUUACAUCGUUCAGCGUCACGGUAGCGGCAAGGACGGACAAAAGGACCGCUGGUAUAAAUUUGACGACGGUGACGUAACGGAGUGUAAGAUGGACGAUGACGAGGAGAUGAAAAACCAGUGCUUCGGUGGAGAGUACAUGGGUGAGGUCUUUGAUCACAUGAUGAAGCGAAUGUCGUACCGUCGUCAGAAACGCUGGUGGAACGCUUACAUUCUGUUCUACGAGCGCUUGGACGCUGCAGGGAGCGACGAUGAGCUGUCAAAGUACGUUUCCGAACUGACGCUCGGACCCCGGCCCGACCAGCCCGAAAUGCCUUCAGCCAUCGAGGCCAGCGUCCGCAAACAAAAUGUGCAGUUCAUGCAUAGUCGCAUGCAGUACAGCCUUGAGUAUUUUCACUUCAUUAAAAAACUGCUGACCUGUAAUAGCGUCUACCUGAAUCCUCCUCCAGGUCAAGAUCACCUUUUACCAGAAGCUGAAGAAAUAGCCACCAUUAGUAUUCAGCUUGCUGCUAGAUUUCUGUUUAGCACUGGUUUCCACACCAAGAAGGUCGUCCGAGGCCCUGCUAGCGACUGGUAUGAUGCGUUGUGCGUCCUACUGCGUCAUAGCAAGAACGUCCGCAGCUGGUUUGCACACAAUGUCCUGUUUGCCUUCCCCACGCGCUUCUCCGAGUACCUGCUGGAGUGCCCGAGUGCAGAGGUCCGUGGAGCCGUUGCCAAGCUCAUUGUUUUCAUCGCACACUUUUCCCUGCAAGACGGACCCUGUCCAGUCCCUGUGACAUCACCGGGGUCGUCCACACAGGCCUGUGAGAGCGCAACACUGAGCGACCAUUUGUUACGAGCAGUGCUGAAUUUACUCAGGAGAGAAGUGUCAGAACACGGACGUCAUCUUCAGCAGUACUUUAACCUUUUUGUCAUGUACGCCAAUCUGGGUUUGGCAGAGAAGACGCAGCUUUUGAAGUUAGGCGUGCCAGCCACGUUCAUGCUCGUGGCGUUGGAUGAGGGUCCCGGCCCUCCCAUCAAGUAUCAGUACGCGGAGCUCGGGAAACUUUACACGGUGGUGUCACAGCUGGUGCGCUGCUGUGAUGUUUCUUCGCGCAUGCAGUCCUCCAUUAACAGUAAUCCACCUCUGCCCAACCCGUUCGGUGACCCCAGUCUCGCGUCUCCCAUCAUGCCACUGCAGCAGCUGGUGGGUGAGAUUCUGUGCGUGCGCACAAGCUACGUGAAGAAGAUCAUCGAGGACUGCAGUAAUUCUGAGGAGACGGUGAAACUGCUGCGCUUCUGCUGCUGGGAGAAUCCUCAGUUCUCCUCCACGGUUCUCAGUGAACUGCUCUGGCAGGUGGCGUAUUCCUACACUUACGAGUUGAGGCCUUACCUGGACUUGCUGCUUCAGAUUCUUCUGAUAGAGGACUCUUGGCAGACACACAGGAUCCACAACGUUCUGAAGGGCAUUCCUGAUGACCGAGAUGGGCUCUUCGACACCAUCCAGCGCUCCAAAAACCAUUAUCAGAAACGGGCCUAUCAGUGCAUUAAGUGCAUGGUGGCUCUUUUCACCAACUGCUCUGUGGCUCAUCAGAUCUUACAGAGUAAUGGUGACCUGAAGAGGAAGUGGACGUGUGCAGUGGAGUGGUUGGGUGAUGAGUUAGAGAGGAGGCCGUACACAGGAAACCCUCAGUACAGCUACAACAACUGGUCACCUCCAGUACAGAGCAACGAGACGUCUAAUGGAUAUUUUCUGGAACGUUCUCACAGUGCCCGUAUGACCUUGGCUAAAGCCUGUGAGCUUUGCCCUGAAGAGGAGCCAGAUGAUCAGGAAGCACCUGAUGAUCACGACUCGUCGCCUCCUGAAGACACCACCCUGUACCCUCACCCGCCCGGGACACAAUAUCAGCAGCCUAAUAACCAUCAUCACGGGCAGCCCUACACCGGCCCGGCCGCCCAGCAUAUGAAUAACCCACAGCGCACCUCUCAGAGGCCUCAAGAAAGCUGGGACGGAACGGACGACGCGCCCCAGAUCCAGACUAAAGAGUAGCAGUCACCUCGUGUGACCACGUCUCUCUUAUUGAAGGACUGCUCUCGGACAAGUCCAGGCCUUACAAGCAACUGCCAGGUCCCAGGAAUGGAGAAAUGUCCCUUUCUUAACCACACACUUUAUCUCAUCCAGACGAGAUCUGUUCCCUUCAAUGUGAAAAGGAUUUAAGUCUCGACACUGUCUGCUCCCCAGAAGCAAAAACACAAAUAUAAAUGCUGCCUAAUGUACAGCUCUUUGUGUUAACAGUCACACCAUAGUGUGAAUCUACAAAUAUGAAAGAUGAUGGUGUGUGUGUGUGUAGUGUGCAUAGAUCCGGACUGUUGGAUAACACGAACACAUUGGCAUCGUCUAAAAAUACCACCGAAAGAAACCUGAUUUGUCUUGAUUCAUGCUGGUGUUGGUCUGAUGUGAAGAUGAGUUUGGUUGCUUGUGUUGGGUGGAUGAUGUGGACCAUUAGCAGAGGCUGACAAUCGUUUCAUCCCUCAGUGACUCUCUCUAAGGUUAAAGGUUAAAUUUAGGUAAAUCUGCUAUUAUCUGCAUUUUUUUUCUUUUAUGCUCCAUUCAUUUAAAAAGGAGUGCAACACAUUAACCAAACACUUUGUCAACCAUCCGCUACAAACGCACACAUUUACUUGCACUUUAGUCGGUCUUUACAGGCUGGAAAGAAAGUGUUGCUCAUCUAUUUCAGCUAUCUUUGAAUACAAAUUUAGUCCCUCCCACUUUCUCUGUCCCUGUCCAAUCGAAAUGUAGCGGCGGUCACUAAUUUUUACAGCGAGGUCCGAAGAUUCAUCGUACUGUACUGGAUUAUAACACUUAGGGCUUGUUGUUGUCGUUUACCUAAAAUACCAAAAACGCUGCAGAAGAUAGAAAAAGAGUUGCCAUAUUAUUAUUUUGCCAUUUUCCUGGAAGGAUGUUAUUUUGUUGAAAUUGAAAAGAGAUUUGUUUAAAUGAAAAGCGGUUGUCCUCGUGUUCUUUUUAAGAGGAUCUUUACUGAGUUUUUGCAGAUGAUGUUGUAUUCUGGAGCUGCUUUAUUCAUGUGAAGUUUUUACUAUCCUGUACAGUCAUAUAGUUACAGAAGCACUGAAUAAUAAAUGCAGUAAAUAAAUAACUUUAAUGCUUUUUAGGGGGGGGGGGGGGUACAUUGUGUAAAUACCUAAUGCACGCAAAACACAAGAGAUGAGCUACAAAGAUGCACUCAUGUUUGUUUCCUGAUGGUUUUAUUUAACAUUGAACAGAAGGUUCUCCAGAAAGAUCUGCCCAAAACCCAUCCAGAGGCCUACAGACAGCCUAACAUAGACGACUUAACCAGGGCUUUGGUUAUUGAGGGGCGAGGAGUUGGUUUAACCAGCACUAGAGAUCAUCAGGCCUCUCCAUAACAACCAUCUGUUAAGAUGACUUCCAGGUCUCCUCCUCAUCCCAUCAUUUUGCUUUUUUGUAAAUGUCAAAAUUAUAUUUGCCUUCUGGUUCUUGUGUGUGUGUUGUUAUUUUAUUGGUUCUUUUAAAGCUCUUGUGAAACGUGCAUGGUUAAUAUUCCUCAAUCUGCCUUAGAGAACUGUACAAACCCAGCGCACUGUAAAAUGACACUUUAAAGGAAAAAUAAAAGAAAGUGUAUUUCA